AUGGGCCCCUGGGUGUGGUCAAGCCCCACUAGCUGCAGCCCUACAAUGACCAGUGGAUUAGCUUGGCAUGUGCGGAGGCACAGGGAGCCCGAGGGCAUUGUUUCAAACAGCCUUAAAAAAUUACCCUUCUGGGACAUCAGCUCAAGUGGGGUGAACCUGCAGAGUAUGGACUCAUCCCACAUCUCCCUGGUGCAACCCACCCUCCGCUCGGAGGGUUUCGACACCUACCACUGUGACCGCAACCUGGCCAUGGGCAUUAAUCUCACCAGCAUUUCCAAAAUAUUAAAAUGUGCCAGCAACGAAGAUAUUAUCACCCUAAGGGCCGAAGAUAAUGCAGAUACACUCGCACUGAUAUUUGAGGCACCAAAUCAGGAAAAAGUUUCAGACUACGAGAUGAAGUUAAUGGAUUUAGAUAUUGAACAACCUGGAAUUCCAGAACAAGAAUAUAGUUGUGUAGUGAAAAUGCCUUCUGGUGAAUUCGCACGAAUCUGUCAGGAUCUCAGUCAUAUCAGUGAUGCUGUUGUAAUUUCCUGUGCAAAAGACGGUGUAAAAUUUUCUGCCAGUGGAGAACUGGGAAGUGGAAAUGUAAAAUUGUCACAGACAAGUAAUGUUGACACAGAGGAGGAAGCUGUAACAAUAGAGAUGAAUGCAGUUCAGGUGACCACAGCACUUCGAUACAUGAAUUUCUUUACCAAAGCCACUCCACUCUCUCCUACAGUAACACUCAGUAUGUCUGCAGAUAUGGGACACUUAAAAUAUUAUCUGGCUCCCAAGAUUGAGGAUGAAGGAGAAUCUUAG